UCCCAGACAGAAUGGGAUGCAGGCGAAGACUGACAUAAAUAAUCGUGACGGCCGGAGCCCCCCCACCCCACCCUCCCAGCUUCAGGAGGCAGGGCGUCCUCGCGCUGGCUUUCGGGAAAUGUAGUUGUAAUGCUACCGACGCCGGCCGUUUGCGACAGAAACUACAACCCCCACAGGCCACCGCGACGCCGGCCGCUGCCGGCGAACCAACGGUCCCGGAGGAGUUCGGGGUUAACUGGGAGCGUCCAUCUGACAAUGGAUUCUGAAUUAUCACACAGUGUAAUUGGGAGCUAUCUUAACCCUCCAGAAAGAAUGUAUCUCCCAUCUUUUAUCCAGAAUGAACCAUCUCAGAAUGGCCACCCUGUGAAUUCAGAAGUCAUCCCUCCUAAAAUGUUUAAUAGUCCAAACAACCAAGCACUUGUUUCAGCAUUAAAAACUCUUCAGGAAAAGAUCCAUCGCCUAGAGCUGGAGCGGACUCAGGCUGAGGACAACCUGAACUCUCUGUCCAGAGAGGCAGCACAGUAUAAAAAGGCCUUGGAGAAUGAAACAAAUGAGCGGAACCUGGCCCACCAGGAAUUGAUUAAACAGAAAAAAGAUAUAAGCUUCCAGUUAAGCUCAGCCCAGUCCCGUUGUACACUUCUAGAGAAGCAGCUCGAAUAUACAAAGAGAAUGGUUCUCAAUGUAGAGCGAGAAAAGGCUAUGAUCCUAGAACAACAGGCCCAGCUUCAAAGGGAAAAAGAACAAGAUCAGAUGAAGCUGCACGCUAAACUGGAAAAGCUCGAUGUCUUAGAAAAAGAGUGUUUCAGACUGACGACGACCCAGCAGACUGCUGAGGAUAAGAUCAGAUAUCUCGAGGAGAAACUAAAGGAAGAGGAGCAUCAGCGCAAGCUGUUCCAAGACAGAGCGUGUGAGCUUCAAACUGGACUGGAAAUCAGCAAAAUUUUAAUGUCUACAGUUUCACAUUCAAAGUCCUGUAAAGAAAAGAAGAAACCACUAAAGAAAACUAAGUGUCUAAAGAGAGACCCACCUCAGAGAACGGCCCCCAUGCCUAGAGCACUGCCUUUGGAGAGGGAGACGUGUCUCCACAAGCCUCUCAGAACAACUUCCCAGGGCAAAGCUGGACCUCCUAACUCUGGAGAGCCCGUUUCCAUGUGUGACAGUUUGUCUGAACUUUUGAUGGCAAUGCAGGAGGAGCUGGACCAAAUGACUGUGGAGCACAGUGAACUACUGAAACAUAUGAUGCAAACUGGAAGCCACUCAGUCCCUGAUGACAUGGAGCAGGAGCUGGAGCAAUUAGUGAAGAAGAUGGAGAGCAAAGGAGCCCAGAUCUCCAAACUCAAGAAGCAUCAAGACAGUGUCCGUAAACUGCAGGAAAAAAUUCAGGACUCAAGGAUAAAAGGACCUUCAGGUGUCCUUCGGGAAGAUGGCAACCCUAAAGGACCAAAGAACAUGAAAAAUAUCCCUAGGAAGUCUCUGAAUGACACUAACCCUUUCCAGAAAAACAGCAGCUUUCGUCCAAUACAUGUUCACAAUCUCCUGGGGAAACUGAGGAGAGAUGAUAUCAAGUGGGAACAGUGACGGAAUGGUCACCGUCACCGUGAGUGGCCCGCCAGCGAGACCCUCACAUGUCUGUGUGGCUUACAUCUAAUGUACCUUGGGAGACUUUUGAAUUAUGCUCCUGGCUUUUAUAGAAUGUGAAGUUGUAUAUGCUCGGAACUAUGGCUAAUGAUCUACCCAGAAUCCCAGAGUAAUAAAUGCCUGAUGUUGCUAUGUACCGAAGCCCCUGCCUCAUCAAGCGUCAGAAGCAUUUAUUUUGCAGCUCCCUGAGGUGAAUCUACAAAGGGGGCCGAAGGGGCACUCACUAAAAUCAAACCUGAACUCCAAAUGCCACCCCAGUCUCACAUAGAGAGGCUGCCACCUGCAGACCGGCACAGAGUGAACAGAUGCGGUGACUUCCCUGGAAUUGACACGGUACCUCCUUUUACUCUCUGCAUUCAUGUUUGUCUGUUUUGUUUAGAGAGGGAAAGGCACAAUCAUUCUGCAAUUGUGUGAAAAUGCCUGUGACUGAGCUCUGAUGUGCCAGCUAUGAGAAGUAAUGCUUAACUGACUACAUUUCUUUUUAAACACCGGGAACUGGGUUUAUCUUACUCUUGUAUAACUUUUCCUGGUUUCUUGUCUGUGUUAUAGGUGAUUUUCUUCAGUAUAUGACAGUGUAGAGGAUCAAGAAGAUAAUGGGAUUUUAUAAGAAAUUAGGCAUUUAAUUAACUUUACCCACAAGAGAAAAUGAAUUCACUAAAUGCGGUAUCUCUUUUUAUACUUUAGAAUCAGUGAUGUCACAAUGGAUUUCUUUGUUGUAUACCUGUUUUAUAAUAAAUGAACACUUUUUUGUCUUU